GGGCUGCGGCCCACAGGAACAUGGCGGCGGCGGCGGCGGCGGCGGGGGCGGGGGGCGAGGCUGCGCCGGAGCUGUCCCUGCUGCUGGACACCGACCCCUACCUGCGCCCCUUCGCCGCCCACUACGAGCGAAGGUACAAACUGUUUAACCAGCAUUUGAAGAACAUUGAACAAAGUGAAGGUGGCAUUGAUAAAUUCUCCAAAAGCUAUGAAACAUUCGGCGUUCAUAGAUGUGCAGAUGGCGGCCUGUACUGCAAGGAAUGGGCACCAGGAGCAGAAGGUGUUUUUCUAACUGGAGAUUUUAAUGAUUGGAAUCCAUUUUCUUUUCCCUAUAAAAAGCUGGAGUUUGGGAAAUGGGAGCUGCACAUUCCGCCAAAGCAGAACAAAUCUUCACCUGUACCCCAUGGAACAAAAUUAAAGGUGGUUAUUGCUAGUAAAACUGGACAGAUCCUCUACCGAAUUUCACCAUGGGCAAAAUAUGUGAUUCGUGAAGGUGAUAAGGUGAAUUAUGAUUGGAUACACUGGGACCCAGAGCAAUCAUAUCAACGCAAACAUUCUCGACCGAAGAAGCCACAAAGUUUAAGGAUCUAUGAAUGCCAUGUUGGAAUUUCUUCUCAUGAAGGAAAAGUAGCUUCAUAUAAACACUUUACAUGUAAUGUCCUACCGAGAAUAAAGGACCUUGGGUACAACUGCAUUCAGAUGAUGGCUAUUAUGGAGCAUGCCUACUAUGCAAGUUUUGGUUAUCAAGUCACAAGCUUCUUUGCUGCAUCAAGCCGUUACGGAACUCCUGAAGAACUGAAGGAACUCGUUGACACUGCUCACUCAAUGGGCAUCACAGUCCUCUUGGAUGUUGUGCACAGUCAUGCAUCCAAAAACUCUGAGGAUGGGCUCAAUCAGUUUGAUGGCACCGAUACUUGUUACUUCCAUUCCGGUCCUAGAGGAAGUCAUGAUCUCUGGGACAGUAGACUCUUCGCCUAUUCCAGCUGGGAAGUUUUGCGAUUCCUCCUUUCUAAUUUGAGAUGGUGGUUAGAAGAAUAUGGUUUCGAUGGUUUCCGUUUUGAUGGUGUAACAUCCAUGCUUUAUCACCACCAUGGAAUGGGUCAAGGUUUUUCAGGUGAUUACAAUGAAUAUUUUGGAUUGCAAGUGGAUGAAGACGCCCUAGUUUAUCUCAUGCUAGCAAACCAUCUGGUUCAUGCAGUGUAUCCAGAUUGCAUUACAAUAGCUGAGGAUGUUUCAGGGAUGCCAGCUUUGUGUGCUCCUAUUUCACAAGGAGGUGGUGGAUUCGACUAUCGAUUAGCCAUGGCAAUUCCUGAUAAAUGGAUCCAGAUAAUUAAAGAGUUCAAAGAUGAAGACUGGGAUAUGGGUAACAUUGUGCAUACCCUUAUAAACCGACGCUACCGUGAAAAAUGCAUCGCGUAUGCUGAGAGCCAUGAUCAGGCUCUUGUUGGUGAUAAGACCUUGGCAUUUCGGUUGAUGGAUGCAGAAAUGUACACAAACAUGAGUGUGCUGUCUUCUCUUACUCCGGUUAUUGAUCGUGGAAUUCAGCUUCACAAGAUGAUUCGCCUCAUUACUCAUGGACUAGGGGGAGAAGGCUAUCUCAACUUCAUGGGUAAUGAAUUUGGCCAUCCAGAAUGGUUAGACUUCCCAAGGGCAGGAAACAAUGAAAGUUACCAUUAUGCCAGGAGACAGUUUCAUUUAGCUGAUGAUGAGCUGCUUCGCUAUAAAUUCCUGAAUGCCUUUGACAGAGAUAUGAAUAAAUUGGAAGAAAGAUGUGGCUGGCUUUCAGCUCCCCAGGCAUAUGUGAGUGAAAAGCAUGAAGAGAAUAAGAUCAUUGCUUUUGAGAGGGCAAAUCUCCUUUUUAUUUUCAAUUUUCAUCCUGUAAAAAGCUAUACUGACUACAGAGUGGGUACAUCGUCACCAGGAAAAUUCAAAAUUGUACUGGAUUCUGAUGAAGCAGAAUAUGGAGGACAUCAGAGGCUGGACCACAAUACAGAUUUCUUCUCUGAUCACUUUGAACAUAAUGGCCGUCCAUGUUCACUUUUGGUCUACAUUCCAAGCAGAGUGGCCCUUGUGCUUCAGAACGUGGAUCUCCCAAACUGAAGACCAAAAGAUCUAGGUCCAUUCUGUGCAGAUGCAGAGGGGAUUUCGUGUUUCAGUAUUCAGCGUCACAGAGUUUAUAUCUUGAAAGCUUUUUAAAAAAAUUAUGCUACAUGUAAUAUUAGGCAUCUGAAAGAAGUAUUAAUAUAUUCACUUGAUUAGCUGGAGAUCAUAUUCAGAAGCCCAAUUCAGGGUAUAUAUAUACGUAUAUAUAUAUAUGAGACAGAAAUAGAGAAAAUUUUAUUUUUGCUGUUCCAGUGUUACAGAACACCCAUAUUCUCAAAAGAGGUGUCGUGUUUGAAGUGUUACAGAGAAUUUUCUUUUCUUGGUCCCAGUCAUUUCUUUAAUCUCCUUGGAUUUGAGAAUUAAAUUAAUCAAUUUAAUUUAAAGCAUAACCUGUACUAAAAAUUGGAGAACUACGGGUUCAUCUGUUUGAGUUCUCUCCUUUUCCUGCAAAUAAUAAGGUACCAAGAUCCUUUCUUAAAUUCAGUUUAGAAGAACUUCUGUGAUUAUCGAAGUUACUCUAAGUUUUUCCCUUAAAUGUCUAUAAUAACUGCAGUUGGAUACAUGCAUGUGGAUCAUACUGGUUUGAUCCCCAGAUCCUGAGUAGCUAGUAAGUAUAAUGUCUUCAUGGAGUUUCAUGAGCUAGUUUGUGAUAGUAAAAUAUCUUCUAUUUACUAUAGAUGAGUAGGUUUUGGAAAAUAUUUCCUUUUUGACCAAGUUUGGGGUCCAUGCAUAUUGGGAAAUAGAUUUGGAAUCAUACUAAAGGGGUAUCAAAAUAUAACCUCUAGGUUGCUGGCUUUCUGUUGGCAGAAAAAUCUCCUUAAAAAGGUCAUAUCUAGCCGACCCUGAGGACAUCAAAAUUCACUUAAGGAUAAUAAUGAAUAAGGGGGUUAUUAGCAAUAUCGUCUCAUGGCCAAUAUUGUAAGUUAAUCAUCUUUCAAGGAUGCUUCAGGUAGUGCAUUGCGGCAAUAUUCCUAAAAGUGUCUUAUAAGAGUUACACGACUUCCAAAGGUGUUUUCCAUACAAGGCAUACUUUAUUCCCUGGGAAAAUAUACCUUAAUUUGUUUUCCAAGCCUCUCAGAAGUUAGUAAUAAUCUUCUCUGUAAAAUGCAUUAUUCCAACAAGUGAGUAGUGAUCAAAUACUUUUCUUGAGAGUGAAUUGCAAUUUAUGAUCGUUCUUCAAAUUUUUAGGCUAAUAGUAAAUUAUCCAGUAGAAAACAUGUUUGUUUUUCUAUUGCUAGUUCUAUACCUUAAGCAUUUAUCAUAAAAUAUGUCCUUUAGAAAGGGCAGAAUAUUGAAAUAUGAGAGGAUAAAGGAUGGGAAAACUGUGUGUUCACUUGUGUAAUCCCUAACUCGAAUCAUAAUUUGAAUGUCUUUGAAAGAAUGAAUGAUCUUGGGUGAUAAUACUGCAUGCUGGGAAACAUGAGCCUGAAAGUCUUUGGUGAUGCAUUUCCCAUUAAAAGAGGUUUAUGAAUAUCCCAGCACUGUCAUAAUCUGUGCACUCUGUUAUAGAUGAAGACACAGUGUGCCAUCAUGCUGUUAAGUGUUCCAGUUUAUAUUCUCCUGCCUUAGCGUUAAUUUUGUGUUAUAGGGGCUGCGAGGGCAUUUUCAGACACUGUAGCUUAAAAAUGACAAGAAGCUAUUCUAACAACUGGAAUAAAUUUUUAUUUUUAAAAAAUUGUGACCUUCAAAGUGAGGUCAAAACACCAGUGUAACUUUGUACUAUGUUUUCGUUAUAUUGAUUGAUUUUGCUAAUAUAUUCCCUAGAUUUCACUGGCUUUAGUUGCAGGGUUCCACAAUGUCAUGUAAGGUAAUUACCCUUGUCAAGUUUUUGUGCAAGAGAAGCAGUGAAUGUGUGCAGCUGAGAAGGAACUAUGAAAAUAAAUGAAAAUAAAAUAUUAAGAGUUGAAAAUAAGAA